AAAACAUUUGAGAAGUGAGAAUACGAAACGAUUGUUUUCUAGGAACGAGGAGGCCGUGCGACCGAAUUUCAUAAGAUUCAAUUUGUUCCGAGGAUCGAGGAGUCGAGUUUAUCCAACUACAUGAACGAGAUUAUUAUAUAUUUCUUACUUCAGGGCUUGAGCCAUUGAAUUACACCAGGCUUCUAGUCGAGAUUAUAGGGGGACGUCUCAUUUCUCAGGAAGAAAGCACAGAUUCGUUCAAAGAAAUGCAACAAAGUUCUAGUGCAGAAAUGGAUGACAAGCGGCUUGAAAGUUUUGAUGCCUUCUGGAAUGCAUUGACUAGCAUCAGUUCCCUCAAAACUCUGAAUCAAAAUCUUGGUCCUCUGAAUGUGCAUAGGUUUGAUGCAAAGGCUGAUCGGACUGGGAAAACUGUUGAAGGUGAUGGAGAAGAGAGAAAGAAGGAACUUUCAGCAAGAAGCUGCGGGAGUAAUUUCACGAAGGUCAAUCAGACGGACGCACGCGACUUGGCCAGCAGACUAGAGACUACUGCUACACCGCCGGCUGCAAUAGCUCCGGCUACCAUCUCCGGUCUAAGAGUGCAGGAUGAUUAAUGGCAGUUCACAACUUCACAUGCUCUCAACUUUGAAGUGCUAUUGAUUUGGAUGUUCUUGAAUAUUGUCCUUUUAAUCUUCUUGAACUUUGGAGUAUGUACUUUGAAUUUAGUUUUGAUUGUCCCCAUAGGCCCAUAUUAUGGAACGUUAAAGAGUUGGAUGUUUAUUGUGUUGAAUGUUGAAUUUGUUCUGGAAUAGACUGCUGGAUUUUAUUAUUUGUGUCGAUGAACUGUUGAUGAUUAAAAUUAUGUGUUAACUUAAUAACUUUUUAGUGAGCUAGUAAUUCAAGUUAUAGGCUUCUUUACA